CGAUUACUCUCCCUGAGCUGGGUAGGGCCUUGUCACUGGUAGAAGUGUAGUGUGCAUUUUUAGUACGCUAUCGCACCCCGUUUCUUGUUUUAGAUCUCUAUUACUGUAAUAAACAAUGGCAGACGACGAAUUAGAGGCAAUUAGGCGGCAAAGGAUGGCAGAGCUGCAGGCAAAACACGGGGAUGGUAAUAAUCAGCAAGGAGAGGAGGCCAAGCAAAGAGAAACUGAUAUGAGGAACUCUAUAUUGGCUCAAGUUCUAGACCAGUCUGCCCGUGGCAGAUUGAGCAAUCUUGCUUUGGUGAAGCCUGAGAAGGCAAAUGCAGUUGAAAACUAUCUCAUUCAAAUGGCUCGUUUUGGGAAAUUAGGAGGAAAGAUUUCAGAGUCAGGCUUGAUUGAGAUCCUAGAGAAAGUCAGUCAGCAAACAGAGAAAAAGACAACUGUCACAUUUAACAGACGGAGGGUGAUGGACUCAGAUGAUGAGGACGAUUAUUAACUUUGAACAGGAGCCCUGGAAGGAGCCAAGAAGUCAUGAGUUGAUGUGCUUCACUGGGACUCUGACUACAAAUUUGACUAGUGUGUUUCUGUUAGCAAGAUCCUGGGAUGCUACACUAGUUUCUUUGUGUCUGUGGAAACUACAUACCAAGACGGAAGAACAAGGACAUUAAGUUGAUAUUGAGGCAGGUGGUGGAGGGUAGAGCAGACACAGUGUCAAAGGUUUUCUUAUGCAACCUCUUUGUAAUGAAGUUGCUACAAAUUUGUACUGCUUGUGUUGUAUCCCUGACAGCUUAUGGCACUGUUUCACUCCUGACCUUCUCAGUAGUUACUCUUUUUUUUUCUUUAUUUUCACUAUGAUUGAUAUCUGUUCUUCAAACACAAGAAACUAGACAAAAUCUUAAACAUACUGCUGCUGGUGCAUAUUAUCUAGACUGUUCUUUGAAUGAAAUGCAUUGUUUUCUAUUCAGGACUAACAUCCCAUUAGGUCAGGAUGUUGUUCUUGGAUAUUUUGUUGUUGCUGAAAUGUAUCAUAAAGGUUUACAUAAAAAAAAUAAAAAAGCCUUAAAUUCAAAUGUUGGUUUUCUACUUGACAAUUUCUAAAAUGAUUCUUUAUCAUCUUAAUGAAAGCUCAGCCCUUGCGAAAGGGUUCCAUUUGGGAUUUUACACAAAUUUAUUCCAUUUAGUUGAACAGAACACUUUGCAGCAUCAAUACACAGUAUCCUCACCACCAUAGGAAAAACAGAUUUUUUGCUUCUGUAUGGAUGAUUUGCUAUUUUUUGCUCGCAGGCUGACAUUUUGAAUUUAAUUUCAGAAGGAACAGUUAACAAAUUGCAAAAUGUAUCCAACUACUUUUUCAAUAAAAUGCAUGGAGAAAUGUGA